AGAAAAGCACGCGAUAUGCGAACGUUGUUAUCUGCGCCUUGUGACGUGCGCGUCAUGGAUUGUUUUCUACUCUUGUCUCCUGAAUAUCUCGGGUCAAUAAAAUGGCGCCCUGUUUCCAAUUCUUUCGCAUAGUUAAAAGCAGAUGAAAACACUGACAAACAUUCAGAAAGGACACAUUUACAGCUGUAAUGUUUCGUAUUCCGUUUUCCAACCGAGGAUUAGGUGCCGACGUAGCCAACGACCUGUUCCAAAGGGCCUGUCACGCAGAGUAUGGGACAGCAUCUGAACAGGGAAAUAAAAAGACAUCGGCUGGACGCAAGCGACGCGGUCGCCGCGACCGGAUGCGAAGGUUCCGUCGAUCUCACGCAACUGAUGCGACCGAGCGUCACGGAACCCCAGCGUUUCGAUCCAAUCAUCUACGCAGACGCCAUCGUUUCCGCCGGGCAUUACAUCUAGGAGGGUUCAAAUUUCAUGCCAGCGAUUCAGAGUCAUCGACCUUGAACCAAUCAAGUGGCGAUGAGAAUAUGCGAACAAAACAAGAUGAGGUGAACAGAAUACUCAUCCGGCAAGAGCGUCAGCGUCGUCGGCAUGAUGAUCUUAAUGAUGCAGAGCUUUACGCUUUGAACCCAUUCCUAUCGAUUGAAACCAAUCAGGUUCCACGCAACAGCCGUCGGUCAUCCGCUACGUCCGUUUCCAGCUCUUCCUUACCUGGAAGACGAGUCUCUGCAUCACAUGGCAAAUUAAUAAAGCCAGCCCCAGGGGCUAUAGGAGUCGCAAAGUUGAAGAGCCACGAUGGUCCAUCUGAGCCCAUGGUGGAAAAGAAAUAUCAUACAGGCGAUACGCAUUUCCCUGACCUCCGUCCGGAAGCCGAAACUACGGAUGAACCUAGCACCAACAGAUCCAUUUCGUUUUAUGUUACACCACGAGACAUAUACGAUCUUACUCCACGGGACGUCCAGCUUCGCGCUCAGUUAAUGAGGGAGCUUGUGUCCUGGUAUUUCUAUAGCCGCUGGACAUCGCCGGCAUUGCAAGGAGGUGAAGAACGAGCGACUGCACCUGAACAUCCUGCAAAGAUGUGUCUUCCUUCGUUUAAAAUGGAAAGAUUAUCUCCUCUGAUGGAGACGGAGGACGAAAAUCAAGAGGGAUUUGAUGUAUUCGCUGGAAUUGGGACCAAAGGCUUCACUUUUGCGCUCAGCAAGAUAGAUCGCCGCACCUUACGGCCUACCGUCGCUCCAGUUGCCACCCCACCGACCCAAUCCCCAAAUGAUGCAGGGACGCCAACUCCCGCCUCGCCUGCCGUAGUCAACCCUUUCCGAGGAACGUACAAGCAUAGGAUGCGUAGAGUAUCGCUGACUCCGGACCUUGAGAUUGCCCAAAUGGGAAACAGUGCGACGAAUAUUCCAGUCAUGGCUGAUUUUGGAAAAGUAAAGACAAACGCAGCUCCCCUUAUCAAACCCCGCGAUCGAGCCAAGCGUCACCGCGGUCCUUCAAAGUUCGGAAAAGCUUGGGGCACUUCUCUCGGGCCUUGGGUUGACCAUGACCCCGAUCUAUGCGAUAGGCAUGACCAUUCACGAUACCUGAUUGAUGUUGCUGGGUCGGUCAAUGCUUAUCGUGAAGAGCACGAAACUGGAUGGACAUCCCAUUCACAACUGCAGGCUGUUUGGAGCCAGCUGGCUGUCGCCGAAGGUGGUCAAUUUGAACACACCCAAAUGUCAGAAGAGCACAAAAAAGACUUUAAGCAGCUGUUUGAAAAGUUAUUGGACGUCACAUUUGGUGAUAAAAAAGGGUCAGAGAACAUUGGCAAGAUUGAAGAGAAGCAGAAGAGACAAAAGGACCCCGGAGCAGCCAUCAGAUCCUUGGCGCUAGGCGUUGUCUGAUGCAACGGACAUUUUGUAUUCAGAUUAUUAAAAAAGCAGAAAGGCAUGUGGCGAUUGUAGUUUCAAGCCUUAUUUUCCACACAUAUACCUUGUCUUUUACUUGUGAUGUGUUAAAAUCGAAAUAUGUGCAAGUUGUGACAUUUUCCAUCA